AUCAGUGAGGGGAGGCGUCCCCCCAGCGCCGAGCGGCGGCGAAGAGCUGGCGUUUGGAACGAGAACAAGGCGAAGCGAGCCGGCCGGUGCGGGUCCACCCCUUGCCGUCCACACUUGCCCAGCGGCGGGGCGCGGAGAUGCUGGCCACCAGGCGCGGCGGGUAAGGGGAGCGCUCGCCUUCCCUCAGCCACCUCAGAGAGCUCGUCGCUCGCUGCGUCCCGAUGGAGCCGCGCUUCAGGCGCGCGAAAGGGAUGCUGGUGUACGUCUGGGUGCCUCAGGCGCUGUUCGCGUGGAGCGUGGCUGCGCAGCUGUCUCCGAGGAGCGCGGCCCCCGGCCAGGCGAGGAACGGCAGCAGUGCAGUACUUCGGAAAGGAGAUCCUAGUGCCCUAGGAGAGCUGGGAUUUGGAACAUCAGUUUAUAACUCUUCAUCUACUACAGUAUCUUCCAGGCAAAGAAAAUUUCACAACACUAUUUGUGAAUCAUCCAAUUCAUUCACAUGCUUUAAUGGAGGUGAGUGCGUGCAUUGGCAACUGUGUGACUGUAGUCGAUAUAAUGCAACUGGAUCAAGAUGUCAGAAAAUAUACAACACAGGUGCAGAACGAGACCACAUUUGCCGAACAUGGGGACAAUACCAUUAUGAAACCUUUGAUGGGCUCUACUACUUUUUCUCUGGAAAAUCUACAUACACUCUCUUAAGGCAGAAUGAAUUGGACGAACAGAGCUUCUCUAUACAAGUCCAUAAUGAUCCAGAUUGCAAGUCUUCUCCAUAUUCCUGUAAACGAUCAAUUAGCCUAUACUUUUCUGGAGACGGGGAAAUCAGAUUAAGUAGUGAGGUCACCUACAAAGGGAUUGGGAUGCAAUUACCAUAUACCAUAGGGAACUUGUACAUCCAAGCAUUAGCUGGAUAUGUCAUUGUUAGACACCAGUAUGCAUUCUCUCUGGCUUGGGAUGGUACCUCUGCUGUUUAUAUUAAGAUGGCUCCUGACUACUUGGGCAGAACUCAUGGACUGUGUGGUAACAACAAUGCCAUUCUGCAAGAUGAACUUGCCACUAGUUAUGGAAAACUUACUGAAGACAUUGAAGAGUUUGUAGAAAGCUGGAGAGAAAAUCCUCCACAGGAGAACAUCUUCUCCUGGGAUACCUCAUUUAACUAUGAGCCACCCUGUAUGACUCAAAGUCAAACAUUUUUACAGAGGACGUAUGCAUUCUGCAGCAUUCUGCUCCGGAGCCCCUUCAAAGAGUGCCAUGAAUUUGUGAGCCCAUUUCCUUUCAUGGCCAGCUGCACAAAUGAUCUAUGCAUGUCAGGAGCUGAUAAUGCAACUUUGUGUCGAGCAUUAACUGAGUAUGCAAGGACUUGUGCUCAAGCAGGAAAACCUCUCCACAACUGGCGGGCCCAAUUUAAGGAAUGUGUCAUUAAAUGUGAGGAGCAUCUUGUCUACAAUGAAUGCAUUGACUGCUGCCCAGUUUCAUGUCAGCAAAAAACUCACUGUGUUGACAGUGAACUGCCCUGUGUUGAUGGAUGCUAUUGUCCAGAUGGACUUAUUUAUGAAAACAAAUUAUGUGUAAGACCAUCAGAAUGCCCUUGUGAUUAUCACGGAUCUGUCUACAGAACUGGUGCUGUGGUUCAUGAAGAAUGCAACAACUGUACAUGUGCUGGAGGAAAAUGGAUUUGCACAAACCUUACCUGUCCAGCUGAAUGUUCAGUCUCAGGAGAUAUUCACUUCAUGACAUUUGAUGGGCGCAAGUAUACUUUUCAAGCCACUUGCCAGUAUAUUCUGGCAAAAAGCCUCACCUCCGGAAAAUUUGCUGUGACUCUGCAAAAUGCUCGUUGUGGACAGAAUCAAGAUGGAGCAUGUAUCCAGUCAGUCAGUCUUAUUCUCAAUCAAGAUUCCAAGAGGCAAGUGACUCUGACCCAUUCAGGAGAUGUUUUAGUAUAUGAUCAGUACAAAGUAAAUCUGCCUUAUAUUGAUGACGCUUUUGAAAUACGGAAACUUUCCUCUGUAUUUUUGCAAAUAAAGUCAUAUAUUGGAUUACAAAUACUGUAUGACUGGAAGGGCUUGAGGCUCUAUCUCAAAGCUGAUGCUCAAUGGAAAGAUGAUACCAUAGGACUUUGUGGGACUUACAACGGAAACAUGCAAGAUGAUUUUUUAUCUCCAGUAGGAGUGCCAGAAAGUACACCACAGCUUUUUGGAAAUUCCUGGAAAACUUCAUCUGCCUGUGGUCUUGAGCAUGAUUAUUCACCAGUGGAUCCAUGUGAUAUUCAUCUACAAUCAGCCACUUAUGCAACAGAAGCUUGCGGCAUCAUUACAAAAGAACUCUUUGCCCCAUGCUUCUCCUACCUGAGUCCUCUCCCCUAUUUUGAACAGUGCAGAAGAGAUACCUGUAAAUGUGGGCAGAUCUGCAUGUGCUCCACUCUGUCCCAUUAUGCCCACCUGUGCCACAGAUAUGGAGUGGUGAUAGACUUUCGGAGUUACGUCCCAGAAUGUGCUCUUUCAUGUGAAGAUACAAAGGAGUACAGUACCUGUGUAUCUACUUGUGGCAGAUCCUGCCAAGCUUUCUCUGUGCCAGAGACGUGCAGUGAUGAUUGUGUUGAAGGCUGCACCUGUCCUCUUGGAAUGUAUCUGAACAUCAAAACUGACAGAUGUGUGCAACAAAAUGAAUGUCCCUGCUAUUUUCAGGGUAUUGACUAUUCACCUGGAGAAGAUAUAAUCACAUCUUUGGGAAAAUGCCACUGCAGAGAUGGAAUGAUGAACUGUGAGGAAAACAACAUUGUUCAUGACUGCCCAGAUGACCAGAUCUAUGUAAACUGCAGUAAUCCACAAACUAUGGAGCUUGGCCGGGAGAGAACAUGUGAAAACCAACUGCUAAACCUCACUAUAUCGGCACAUCUUCCUUGUUUUUCAGGAUGCAUGUGUCCUCAGGGCCUUGUUAAACAUGGCGAUGCAUGUUUCAAGCCAGAUGAAUGCCCGUGUUCUUGGAAAGGCAAAGAGUACUUUCCUGGGGAUAAAGUAAUUUCUUCCUGCCAUACAUGCAUCUGCUAUCAUGGGUCAUUUGAAUGCACUUUCCAUCCUUGCCCAUCAAUGUGUACUACGUAUGGAGACCGCCAUUACAGAACUUUCGAUGGACUUUCCUUUGAUUACAUUGGGAAUUGUAAGGUUUACCUGGUUAAGAGUUCCUCAAUUACUAGUAUAUCGAUCAUCAUAGAAAACGUGAAUUGCUUUAACACUGGGAUCAUUUGCAGAAAGUAUAUUUUCAUUAACAUUGGAAAAUCAUUCAUAAUAUUUGAUGAUGACACUGGAGAUCCGAGUCCAUUGAGUUACCUAGACAAACUGCAGCAAGUGCAUAUAUGGAAAGCUGGUUUUUUCACACUUGUUCACUUUCCCAAUGAACAAAUCACAGUAAUGUGGGAUCAAAGAACAACUGUUCAUGUAGAGAUAGGACCUCAAUGGCAGGGUGUGCUGACAGGAUUAUGUGGAAAUUUUGAUUCAAAAACAAUAAAUGAAAUGAGAACUCCAGAAAAUUUUGAGUUAACAAAUGCACAAGAAUUUGGAAGUAGCUGGACAGCUGUAGAGUGUGUUGACAGCUCUGACAUUCGGCAUCCAUGCAUUUUAAACCCACUCAGAGAACCAUUUGCCAAGAAAGAAUGUGGAAUACUCUUAAGUGAAAUAUUUGAGUCUUGCCAUCCAGUGGUUGAUGUCACCUGGUUUUAUUCAAACUGUUUGACAGACAUAUGUGGUUGUAACCAGGGAGGGGAUUGUGAGUGUUUCUGCACAAGUGUUUCAGCCUAUGCACAUCAAUGUUGUCAACAAGGAGUUACAGUAGACUGGAGAUCUCCGAGAUUGUGUCCUUAUGAUUGCGAAUAUAUCAAUAAAGUUCUGGGAAAGGGCCCCUACAAGCUGGUCAGCUUCUUGGACAGAGAAAUUGCAAUUGGAGCCAAGCUGCUGGAUGGUUCUGUUUUUCCAGCAAGAGGAGAUGCUAUUGCUCCUGGAGAUGCAGUACAAUUUAUGCUGACAUCGGGACUGUAUAAGCCAAAAGCACAUGAUCCAAACCUGGCUUCAUUUGAAUCAGCUGACAGACCAAAUUAUUUUCUUCAUUUAGCUUCCAACAAUACCUUGGUUCUCACCAAGUGGGAAAGAAGUGAACAUUUUCAAAACAGAUCAACGUUUACCAUCCACAAAAACACAUGGCUUUCAGGAUAUAGCUCCUUUGAGUCAUUUGCAGUGCCAGGAGCCUUCAUCCACAUUUCUGCUGCUUCUGUGAAUAUUGUUAAAUAUCGCCACUCUGAGGCAUUCAGACUUGCUACACUUUUCAAACUUGUUGAUACUAAGUUUAAAUUUCUAGCUCACUCAACAUGUGAGUGGCGCUAUGAUGUUUGUGCAAGCCCUUGUUUCAAAACAUGCAGAGAUCCUUUAGCAGAACGCUGUCAAACUGUUCCAAAAGUGGAAGGAUGUGUUCCUAUGUGUCCUUCACAUAUGGUUCUGGAUGAAGUCACUCAAAGAUGUGUCUAUUUUGAAGACUGCAUUGAACCUACAGCUGAUGUUCAAAUUCUAUCAUCCACUGUAAAGACACAUACAACGUCUGGGGCUCAUCAAACUUCUGCAACAAUGCUGAGUAAAGAACUAACUUUAUCUCCUAAGCCAAUAUCAAAGGACAGAGAAACAACACAGGCAUUGAAGUGGCAAUUUACUCCAACUAAAUUUUCUUCUCUUUUGUUGCCAAAUAUUACAGUUUUAGCCAUAUCUGCAACAUCAAAUGCUUCAACAUAUUCAGCUUUUGGUACCAGCUCAAUGCCAGUAGUUUCACACCCAGUAUCUGAUAUUAGUCUCCCUUUUGCUGUUCCUCCACCUACAACUGUGGCAGUUACGGAGUCUUUGCCUGGUAAACAGACAAGUAGUACAACAGUCCCUUCUAUAUCUAUAGCAACUGAAUCAGAAAUUAAAUUAAUUUCUACUUCACCUAUUACUGUGCUGCCAUCAAUGCUUACAGUUGCUAAAUCACCAGCCAUAACUAAAAUAGCACUGGAUAAAAAAGUAACAGGUGCUCAGCUUCCCCCAACAGAGGAAACAGAAAGAAAACUUGAAGGUAUUACAGAAGGCAAGAUUUCUUCAACACCAAAGACGGAAAGAACAAGUCAAUUUUUUACCAAAGCCCCAUUGCCAUCUUUGGAAAUGUCUUCCUAUGCCCCCACAGUGAAUCAAACAACAGACAGAACAAUGCUGGGUGUAAGUCAACUGACUGUAACAGAUGCAAAUAUCACUGUAGCUCCGUUUUCUACUUUAUCUACUGUUUUAUCAACAGUAAGGCCUGUUGGAAAGCCAAUUCCUUCAGAAACAACAAAAACAACAGUUGCUUUAAUCAAAGAAGGAGUUAAAACCACAUUUAUUACAGUACCUCCAGCACUAACGCAACCCACCACCACAGUCCCGACACAUACAAGUGGUUUUCCAGUUUCUACUGUUAAAAAGGAAAUAGCACAAACAACAUCAAGCAUUAUGCACCCCCCAAGUACUUUUUCUCAUUUAUAUUCAGCUACGACUCUAAGACGUAGUACUUCUGCCAAACUACCUGGAGUGCCUGGUACAACUUCACCAACUUUAAUAGACUCAAAAGAAUUUUUAGAGACAGGAUUGACAAGUGUAUAUUCACCAUUUAUAAAACCAAAUGUGACAGAAGCAAUGACUGUUCUGUAUACCCAGUAUCCCACUUCAUCACACGCUAUGACAGUUACACCCCUCUCUACCAAAAUAAGUUCUAAAAUGAUGAUUCUGCCAGAAUCAGUCACCGAUAAAACAUCAACAGAAUACAGAACACCUUCGUCCCUGGAAACUACAAAAGUGAGUUUUGUACCCUAUUCUAUUGGUGUGACAAAAGUGGAAACAGCAAAAUCUGAUUUGACAAAAGAAGCCGCAGCUAUGGGUGUCCUAGUUCCAUUGGUAACUAAAAAAAUUGAACCAGUUCAAACAACUGAAUUUCUGCAUCCCAUGACUGAUACAGAAAGAGUGAUAUUGUACCCUGGCACAGCAGAGUCAGAAAAAGCCACUGUAGAGUCAGAAAAAACCACUACAAAAAAACCUUCCAUUAUUUUGCUUCCAGGGUCCAUUUCUACAGCAAAGAGUCUGAUGGCAUCAUCACCUGAAGUGCAAGUUACCAGUGCUGAUACUCAACAUCCAAAAACAGCAAAGUCAACAUCAUUUUUUUCAGAGUUUCCUCUUACUACAAAGCUGCUAAGCACAGUUUCUCAAACAACAGGAGCUUUAGGUGCCACUGAUGCUACUUUACGGCCAUACUCUGAACUGAGCAGCCAGCCAUCAACCAUUAAAGAAGUAGCAUCAACCAAAGUAGUAUCAACCCUCUCUUUCUCUAUUGCUCUUCCUCUAACAACACUUCCAACCACACUUUACCUGGCAGAGAAAACAGUUCUCCCAUUAACACAAAAAAUACCUGAAACAGCAGCCACUGCAGGGCAGCUAAUUGAGAUAACACAACCAUCUAUAACUUCCAAGGCUACUUCAUCUGUUCCUACUUCUCCAAUGGAAAGGUUUUCUUCCCGUAUGAAAGAAGAAUCCACUGUUCCACAUUUUAUCCCCCAAACAACAGGAAAACUUGAUUAUUCACCACCUUCUAAAGAUUACUUAACAACCAAGGGAAGUACUGCAGCGUAUCAUUUUCCAGUUGAACUGUUGAGAACAAGUAUCCACCCCCAAAUUGCUUUUAGUACAACAGAGUCAGCAACCAAAUUUGCAGUGCCCUCCACAUUCCAAAGUACUCCACUACCAGGGAUUCCUCUUUCUACUGUAUCACUCACUUCAGUGCUUUCGCCAUUGUCUACAAUAAAAGAAGUAGUGGAGUUAUUUCCUACUGAAAAGUCAAAACUUGAGCUCCCUACCACAGAGAAAGCACUGACUCCUUCUCAAACACUUACAGCAUCUAGUACUUUAUUUCAUGAAUCAGAACCAGCAUCUCCUUCAUUGUUUAUACCGGAAGUACCAGAAACCUCAGCUGUGAGUCCAACAGGCUCACAAGAGGUGGCAUUUUUAACCCCAAUACAAUCAACAGCAUUUACAUCUAUGAGCAAAAGUGCCACAGAGAAGAUUUCUGUUUUGUCUAAGCAAGUGCCACUUUCUACCAUUUCUUUCAGUUCCACGCUCCCUGCGUCUAGAGUGACACCAGCUACCGCACAUUUAACAACUACGACUGAGUCAGCACCGCUUGGGAUCAGCGGUCUCACAACACGGAGUGUCACUAAAUCAUUAGCAGAAAAAACAGCAGGGAUAAAAGAAUUCAUGACAACAUCCUUAUUUUCAGUGCCUUCCAUUUCUUUAGAAACAAAGAGCAUCACAUUGUCAGAGACUGAUGGGCAAUUAGUGGUUACAAAGCUUCCUGUAUCACAUCCGCUCGCUGAACAUUCAUCUACCUCUCCAGCUUCACUUGGUUCUACUGUCCUAACUACAAUAGCCAAAGAACCAUCUGUCACAGAGAUGUCCACACCUUCAUCAAGUUCUUUGUUGAUACCACCACUACCUCCAAAUGCUACAGGAGUCAUACCAGUUCCCACAUAUUUAUCAGGAUUAACCACUGUUGAAAUGGUCUCAGGAGUUACAGCAGCAGCUUUCAUGCCAUCUAAAGAAACAGCAACACCGCCAACAUGUGUACCAAUCACAGAGAAUGAGUGCAUAAAGCACAUUUGCUUAGAUGGACAACUAAUCCAAGUUAACAAAUCACAGAACUGUCCAUACAAUGCGACACAACCCAGCUGUGGAUUUCUUGGAUUUGGUGUUCAGAUUAAUGGAGAUAAAUGCUGCCCCAAGUGGGAAUGUGCAUGUCGAUGUACACUCUUCUCUGAUCUGAGCUUUAUCACCUUUGAUGGGCACCAUUUGGCUUUAUUUAAGGAAGCAUCCUAUAUCAUCAGCCAAACUCAAGAUCAAACUAUAAGCAUCCACAUCAGUGACUGCAGCAAGAUUCAUAUGGGCAUUUUAACCUCUACUAAGCUGUGCCUGGCAAUGUUAAAUUUAACAUAUAUGUCUAACCAGAUUACCAUUGACCGCUUAAACAGAAAGAUAGCUGUCAACUCAAGAUAUGCAUGGCCCACUGUUACAAAAUAUGGAUUUAAGAUUGAGGACAAUGGCUUCAUGUAUAUUAUUGAAACUCCGACAAAUACUAAAAUUCAGUGGUUUCAUACCACUGGGGUGAUGGUAAUAGAACCUAAUGCAACCAGUGAUCCAAAAGCAAUGGGACUGUGUGGCUUCUGUGAUGGAAUCUCAGCAAAUGAUCUCAUGCUACCCAACAGGACCGUCGUAAGCACCGUGGGUGCUUCAGUUCUUUUCACAGAUAGCUGGCAGGUGCCAAACACAUUGAAGUAUAUUGGAGAACAGAGAAUCCAUGAAACUAACUGUUCAGUCACAGACUGUUCCCUUUGUUUAAACACGUUAUUGAACCAAACCUUCAGCAGCUGCCAUCCUUACGUUUCUCCAGAUUCCUUUUGUGAUAUGUGGGUCCAAGAUAACGAAUACAUUCAGAAUCCAUGUAUAGCACUGGCUGCUUAUGUUGCAACAUGUAACAAAUUUAACAUCUGUAUAGAAUGGAGGAAUUCUGAUUAUUGCUCCUUUCCCUGUCCAGAAGGUUUCUACUAUAAGGCCUGUAUAUCUGCCUGUGAGACACCAAGCACUUGUCAAAAUAUGGAGCCAGAACUUCAGGAUCCAGACUCUUGUUCAAUAUUGACUGAGGGGUGUGUUUGCGCAGAAGGGACCAUCCUUCACCGUGUACACUCUGCGCUUUGCAUCCCUGAAGAGAAGUGUGCCUGUACAGACACUUCUGGAGUGCCACAUGCACUGGGUGAGACUUGGAAAACCUCCCAUAGUGGAUGCUGCAUGCACAAAUGCAUUGACAAUGAGACCAUUGCUCCUGUGGAGUACAACUGCUCAGCAAAUAAUGACUUGGAAUGUCAGCGUUUUGGGGAAGUAGCUUUAAUUGUACCAGAUGAUCAAUCCUGUUGUCACCAGAAAGUUUGUACUUGUAAUCAGAGCCUCUGUGAAACAUUUAUUCCUGAAUGCAAGGGCCUAGAGAAACUGGCAACCUAUUACCAAGACGAUUCCUGCUGUCCUAGCUACAGUUGUGAAUGUGAUCCAGCAAAAUGUGAGUCUAUGGAACAGAUUCCAAACUGCCGAGCAGAUCAAACUCUGAUUGCUGCCCAUGUGGAAGGCACCUGCUGUGUAUCCUAUAUCUGUGCAUGUGGUAUUUGCUCUGAUCAAAUUCCAGUGUGCCAGGAAGGAGAAGUGCUUACUGUGGAAGGCAACACAACAGACAGAUGUUGUCCUGCUUACCAGUGUAUUUGUGAAACCUACCGUUGUCCUGAAUUUAAGUGUUUAUUAGGGAUGUCCUUGGUAGAAGUAUGGAGCCCAGAAAAGUGUUGUCCAUAUCGUACAUGUGAAUGUGCAUGUGAAACUGUUCCUAAGCCUCAGUGUAAACUGGGAGAGAAACUGAUUAUAGAUGAACAAUUCCAGAACAGCACAGAAAAUGUUUGUCACUGCACUAAGUACAAGUGUUCAAGAGACAAAGUGUGCCUAAGCAGCGAGAGAGGUGUUCUGCAUCCAGGACAGUCCAUUGUUGAACACUCAUCUGAUGGUGUUUGCCACACUUCCUACUGCACAAGCAUAGUUGAUCCUGUUACCAAGUACUAUCGGAUAAAUAUAUCCACUAUAGAUUGUGCGGCAAGGUGCAAAUCUAAUGAAGUCUAUGAACCUCCAGAGGAUUUAACAACCUGUUGUGGAAAAUGCAAGAAUGUGUCUUGUGUUCACUCUUUCAGCAAUGGAACAGUUUCACAUUUUAAGCCUGGCACCAGUUGGAUUUCGAACUGUGUCAGAUACGACUGCACAAACACGCCAUUUGGACCUGUUCUAAUUACAUCAGCCAUCAGCUGUCCACCGUUUAAUGAAACGGAAUGUGUGAAGGUUGGAGGAUAUAUUGUACCAUUCUUAGAAGGAUGCUGCAAAACAUGCAAGGAAGAUGGAAAAUUCUGCAAAAAGGUGACUGUUAGGAUGACAAUACGCAAGAAUGAUUGUCGAAGUAACACACCGGUAAAUAUUGUUUCCUGUGAUGGAAAAUGCCCUUCUGCAAGCAUAUAUAAUUAUAACAUCAAUACAUAUGCAAGAUUCUGCAAAUGCUGCAGGGAACUUGGGCUACACAGACGAAAUGUGCAGCUAUAUUGCAGUGGCAACUCCACCUGGGUCAGCUAUACUAUUCAAGAACCCACAGACUGUUCUUGCCAGUGGUCAUGAAACAAUGCUACAAGAAAUCAAUGUGUUCAACUGCUUUGGGGAAAAUUAAUUUUACUCCCUGAGUUAGGACAAAGAAUGUUGAUGACACAGUUGCCUACAGUUACAAAAAAAAUCAGCAUUUAAAUAAACUGGAUUGUGUUCUGGGAUCUCUGCUUAACAGAUGAACUUACAGCACUGAUGUUAUAUUUUCAGAACACAACCCCACAAAAAUCUGAACGUUCCAAUGAGGCACAAUAGUCUAAGGGUUAGUUCAUACAACAAAAUUGGCCAUUUAACAGAUUGUGUGACUGGUCUACUUACAGGAGCAGUGUAACAUUUAAACAGAGAAACACAGUUUCAUGGUAGCAAUGGCUGUGAAGAGGUAAAUAUGCAUUUUCAAAUUCUCCCAUUCAUGGAAGUUAUUGCCAUACUGCUUUGCAAGUUGCUUGUUCAUGUUACAUUGUUCUUAUGAAGUCAUAGAAUUCAUGUAAGCUGUUAAAUCUACAAAUCAUUGGUUGAUUGUGAUAUAUGAACCAUCCCUUAGAACUACUAAAAGAGAAGAGCCCUGAUCCAGCUCUAGUUGCAAGGAAGAAGUUGUGUCCAACUAAUGAUGGUUCUAGAAGAUGGAUCUGUGUUCCCCUGUGAACCCAUUCAGUUAACUAUGCAUUAUGGAAAGGUGAUACACGUAGUACUUCUUUAGUGGUUUGGGGAGGAAGGGGAUCCUUUUGGUCAAUUUUUUAUAGCUAGAUUUCUAUUACUAGUCCAUAAUAAAAACAAAAGCAAAAAAAAUCUGAAAUUGCAGGAUUUUGGUCCUGUUGUUAAUUUCAUUUUUUAAAAAUUGUGGUAUGUGCCAACUUUCAAAAGAAAAGGGAUUGCCUUUGAAAGAGGCCAUGAAACAGACAGAACUGUUUUUGUGGACGUCUGAUUUAUUCUGUAUCAACCACACCACCACUUUUUAAAACAGGGUGACCAACAGAUAUUUUGGACUGCAGCUGUCAUUGUCUUUGACAGUUGGCAUGCUCAGCCGGACUGAAUGGAGUUGUAAUCUGAAACAUCUGGAAGGUGCCAGGUUAGGUGGGAUGGAUGGACCCAUUAAAGACCAGUCUAUCCUGGUUUCCAGAAGCUAUGGGGCUAAAUUUAUCCUUUCCUUUUUCUGGGAAGAUUUUUUAAAAUGGAAAAUCCUUAAAAAGCUGCCUAGAAACACACUUAAAAAAAUAAAUACCAGGUGGUCCAAGAGUUGGGCACUGCCUCUAAUCUUUCCCUCCCCACAAAAAAAUCCUGAAGCAGGGCACCCAGCUGCCUUCAGCUUGAGUGGUUAGUGCAUGGUACUCUAUGCCACCACGCAAAUUGAUUCAGUGUGCAGUAAGCUCUCCUGAGUGUUACAGGACUUGCAAUGCUUUUACUGUCCAAUUCUCCCUGAGAGAGAUGGAACGUCAUGAAGUCCUGGUGUCACUGGGUGCUCAGACUGUGGGCAAUUGGAUGCCCUGUUUUAGAAGUUUAAAAGGAAAAUUGCUGGGGGUGAGGAAAAGAUGGCAGCCAUCAGGCUGCAUUGUAAAUGAACCUACCAGACUGAGGGUUCUGAAGAUCAUUAAGGCAAUUCUGGUCAUGAUCCACCCAGGUUGGAUUAGACAAACUUGUUUUUUGAAUCAGAGUAGACAGAUUCCUACCACAUCCCUACAUGUUCGCUAUCCUUGUCCCCCCCAACCCCCCCCCCCACAUCUUCAAAUAGUGUACCGUGAAAUGCUAUGCAUGUCCUGUUGAGUUCAGUGUGACUUCUUCCCAAGCAAGUUUGUAUAGGAUUGUAGUCGUAAUACCUAGACAAUAUUGUGUUAUGAGUGUAUAUACAUUGGAUGACACUGCAAGUAAAUUGUAAGAAAGUAUACAUCACACUGAUAAUGCAAAAGAAGGCAAAUGAUAUAAAUAUAGUUAUGUUUAUCAGGGAAAUAUUUUCAAUAUUGAGAACUGUAUAUAUAAACAUGUUCCCUGCUAUGAAAUAUGAUAUUUUAAAUAUUUUAUGGUGUUAUGUAAAAGCAUAUUUGCUAGGAAAUAUAGAUCUGCCAUUUGACAGUAUCCAAGUUAAACAUUAGCAAUAGCUGCAUCUUGAAAACAGUAUGACAAACUGAUUUACACCAGUUUAUCAAAUUUAAAAAGUGUUUCCCUUUCCUUUCAUUUAAACACAUUUUAUAUGAAAAAUAAAUCUUUUGCCUUCUAUAGCAUAUCAUAUGUGUGACAUUUGUGUGUCUCUUAAGGAGAAUAUCCACCAUCUAGAGAAAUAUACAACUAGCUCUCUAUAUAGUUUGGGGGUGACUGAUCGUUUUUCUCAAGUGAUAAUUUCCCUACAUUGCAUUUCAAGCUACUUUUCACAGAAUCAUAGAAUUGUAGAGUUGGAAGGGACCCUGAGAGUCAUUUAAUCCAAUCCUCUGCAAUGCUGGUAUCUCAGCUGAAAGCAUCCAUGACAGAUGGCCACCCAACCCCUGCUUAAGAACCACCAAUGGACUCCACCACUUUCUGAGGGAGUCUGUUCCACUGCCAGGAUAAAUUCAGAAGCAGUUUUUGAUGUAUUAUGGAAGUUGGCUUCUCAGAACAAAAUCAACAAAAGAGAUGGGUUACAUGAUGUUUGUAACAGCAAGUGACACAUGAUUCUCUCUGAUCAAAUGACUUUCUCUGACCAGUUCGAUCAAAUAUGUGUUGUGAAAUCAAGAAAACAAUAUUAUAUGUAAUCACUUUGUAUUAUUCAGCUUCUGAACUAUUUCCAGCAGCUGCUAUUGUGAGGCAGAGCUGAUCUCUCGACACCAGCAUUGCUGCUGCUCACCCAGAUGGUGCAAGGGUGAGACAAGGUGGCAGCAAGGUCAGGACCGCACAGGUGCACUGGUGGAACCAAACUAGCUUUUGUACUCAUAGCCCCACCCUCGCUACUGUUCUACACCACCCCAUCCUCUAAGCAGCCAUGCCAGUAUCAGGAGGGCACCUCUGUAGCACUGUCCCACCAUGCCAGAUGCUUGGGGGAGCAGGGAAGUACUUGUGUUGAGUCUGUUGCAGCAAAAUAACAAAACAGCUUGUGAAAUGUUAAAGGUAGACAGGUUGAUUGACAGGACAGAAUAAUCUCAUGUACUUUGACCCUGCCUUUGAGAAUCCCUGGUACUAGAAUUUGCCUCUUGCAAGCAAUUAAAUUACAAUGAUAAUAAAAAAAUACUAAGGCAAAAGUCACAUCAGUUUGUUUGCUAUCACUUUCUGCAUACUCUGCAUGUUAUAUUCACUUAUCUAAUAAACAGGCACUAUAGAUUAUAGAUUAGUUUUUUCUUCUAGUGCUUUAAAGUGUUCGAUGCAACUAGACUGCACUGGUGUAUUUCAUUUAUAUUGUGUUACAAAAAUCCUUGAGUGAGUUUUUGCAACACAGCUGACCAAUGAUGGAUGGUGGUGGGUUGUUUUUUUUAAAAUCAAGUAAAAGAGUUCUGUUUUUAUGCUAAACCAUCUUUCUGAAUUGUUCCCACUGAAUGUGCAACAUAAAUGGUCACAUUUUACCCUGGAUAAUAAAGAUCAAAAACAUU